AUGUAUUCUCCACAGUGUCAUGGACCUUGUCUGUCUGCCUCAACAACAGUGCGAAAUAGUACUCCUGUCAUGCGUUCGACGCUUCCCUCAGAUCCUCCAUCAGAUGCAUCCGCUGAAGCCGGCACAUCGCGUCAAGGCAUCGUGACACCGUCCAGUCAACAUCAUACCCAACAGCGUCGACCUUUAUCACCUUCAUAUUCAAACUCUCAACGUCCACGCACUCCAAUAUCUUUGUCCCAGAGCCCAGGCUCGGGUCGACUCAAGCGUCGCGCUUCACAGGGCUCGCUCCUAACCAAACCAUCUUCUGUCUCUCGCUUCCUAUCUCGCAGCAGCGCCUCUUUCCAUCCUCCCUCCGUCGAUAUCUCUGGCUCGGUCACUAAAUCCUAUAACCGCACCGCCGACUUCCAUACAAACUCCAUUGACUCGCGUCUCCGGAUUUCCACUGCUUCGAGUUCGCUGGCGGCUCGAACCACGCAGUCCUCCCCGCGGGCGUGGGAAUCGACAGGCAAGGACGAUUAUCCCGCAACUCUACCACCAACACCACCCGAAGACGACGAUCAUAUUGCGUGGAGCCCUCGGAACAAUAUGCUACUGUUUGAAUCGCACAUCAACCGGGACCCGGGGCUAAUACCCAUGGAUGAAGGUCCCAACAUGGAUACCACUUCUGGGACAAUGCAUUCGGAUACAUUGGGCAGCCCGUCGGAUAACAUAUCACCCUCAAGUUCUGGCGGAAGUCCACAGUCUUCUAGCGGCGACAUGGACUGCGACCCAAGCUCAUGGCUAGAGAGCAGUGUGCAAGCAACUUUGUCUUCGUUGCCGUUUUCAAAUGCCCGAGGGGAAGCCGCCAAAAUUGUUUACCAAAUGCUUCCAUAUCCAAGCCCUCCUACAGAUUGCCACACCGACAAACCUGCGAGUCCCGAGAUUAACGAGAGUAUUUUCUGUUCCAUUGUGCAGGCAGUUCAGCACCGCUUACAGCAUGGGCAAUCUCCAUAUAUCAACGUCACCCAUGCAGUCCCGGAGCAGUUCAGCCUUUCGAACCUCCCUCAUUCUCCUCCCAGCACACCUCACUCGUUGGCCCCGGCCGACGACUAUUUUAGACCGACUGCAGUAUUUUCCAGCGCGGCCGUGGUCUCAGCGUACCACGACUUUCGAGGCCCGAUUCAGGUUAAGACACCGCAUUUUCCGAUGCCAAUUGUCCCACCAUCCAGUGUUCAUAUUUCAGUCCUCGAACGCUACCUACCCCCGUCCUCAACUCAAGAAUACAAAGACCUCUUUUCUUCCAACCGGCCCUCUUUUCUUGUCGACCGGUUAAGUGAGCUUUCGCCUGACGGUGGCUCGCUGCUCUUCAUCUAUCCCACCAGGCGAGGUGCAUCGACUUUCAAGUCGCAGUAUCUAGGGCCCAUCCUCGACCCCUUACUGCGGCAGCUCGUCGUGGUGAACGAAUUGUCAGCAGAGAUCGGUCGCUACCUAGGCAAAGUUUCCGCGGUCGCUCACAUGGACGAUUUUGAUACCAUGCGGGAAAACCUCGACCACCUUUGCGACUCAAUGAGUUCAUCCUCCUCUCGGUUCAACAUUGUGGAUGCCCGCAAAGGUAGUGUUCGACUUGACCGAAAACUUUGGUCAGAAUGGUAUAUCCACCAAGAUAAGACCCGAAUGAAGGAAGUGAUCAGCCUCUAUUGGCAGAACAGCCGUCGUCUUCCAGGGUCAAAGCCGACACUAAACACCCCCGGCUAUCAUCGCAUGGAGAAUAAAGAGGUGACGUCUGCUAUGCUGCUCAGUGAGAUUAUCGAUGGUAUCCGAAGGCGACCAUAUGAGAUGGAGCCUCGAGAUGGAAUUGAACUCGGCAUCUUCGUGAUUCGCCGAUCUCACUAA